UCCGGUUGUUGGAUUAGGUGAGUCAGUCAACUAUUCGGCAGUGGUUCGGACGGACGUUCGUCCGACUUCACAGGGGAAGAAGAUACUUAUUAUCUCAGCAAGAACUCGGAAGGGAAGUCGGAAAUUAUUUAUAAAAAAAGGCUCUACUCGUCUACAUUCGAUCGUUAUCAUAAUAGAUUGGUUAAAUCGGCUAAUACUCAGAUCGGUGCCAAUGUGGCACUGAUCCGAGUGAAGGCCUUUCUGUAUCAAACGGCCGCCGGUAUUUAGACUUUUGUUUUUUUUUUUGCUACGACAAUUGAUUCAGUACUGACAAUCAAGGUGUGCUGGUGUAGUUGUACUCAACCCAUCUGUUUCUGGAUCCGAGACAUCAAAGUUGAUGCCCCUAGUUUAGUCGAAACCAUCAUGGAUAUCAAACUGUUACACAAGAGUAGUACUUUUAGUAACUUUGGAAGCCACAAAUUAGGAAAUUGGUUCUCUUCUUUGGGCAAUCCAAGAAGGAAGAACAGCUUCUUAAAGAAUUCCAAGAGUUUAAGUGUUGUCCAUGAACAUCCACGUAUUGGUUCAGAUGGAGAGAGUGAAGAGGCAUCGGGAGCAUCUGAUGAAGUAUCAUCUCCUGUUAAACUUAGACCUAAGAGCAAAAAAAUUAAUCAGGAUAUUAGUAAAAGACUUUCACUGCCAGUUGAUCUGCAUUUGCCAAACAGUUUUCUUGAAAAACAAAUAAUAAGUCCAACUUUGGAAGGUCCAAUAAGCAGGACAGUAAGAAGACAAUCUUUGUCUGAAAUAGGUUUUGGAAAGAUGGAAACAUAUACCAAGUUACAUAAAUUAGGAGAAGGGACAUAUGCUACAGUGUAUAAGGGAAAGAGUCGACUAACAGAUAAUUUAGUAGCUUUGAAAGAGAUCCGUUUAGAACACGAAGAAGGUGCACCAUGCACUGCAAUAAGAGAAGUAUCAUUAUUAAAAGAUUUGAAACACAAUAAUAUUGUGACUUUACAUGAUAUUGUUCACACAGAAAAGUCUUUAACCUUAGUAUUUGAAUAUUUGGAAAAAGAUCUCAAACAAUAUAUGGAUGAUUGUGGUAAUAUAUUAAGCAUGAAUAAUGUGAAGAUUUUUCUUUUUCAACUAUUAAGAGGAUUAGCAUAUUGUCAUAGAAGGAGGAUUCUUCAUCGAGAUCUUAAGCCCCAGAAUCUUCUAAUUAAUGAUCGAGGAGAAUUAAAACUUGCAGAUUUUGGCUUAGCCAGGGCAAAAUCAGUGCCAACAAAAACAUAUUCCAAUGAAGUUGUUACAUUAUGGUAUCGUCCACCUGAUGUUUUGUUAGGUUCCACAGAUUAUACAACAUCUAUAGAUGUCUGGGGUGUAGGAUGUAUAUUUUUUGAAAUGGCAAGUGGUCGUCCUUUGUUUCCUGGUUCAACUGUGGAAGAUGAAUUGCAUCUAAUAUUUCGAACCUUAGGCACCCCAGUUGAAGAAACAUGGCCAGGAAUAUCCUCAGUUCAAGAUUUUCUUGCAUAUAAUUUCCCAAUCUAUGAACCUGAACCCUUGCUAAAUAGAGUGCCUCGUCUUGACACUGAUGGUCUUGAUCUUUUAAUAAAAUGUUUGAAGUAUGAUCCUAAGUACAGGAAUAGUGCAAGUGCUGCAAUGAAACAUACCUAUUUUGAUAGCUUGGGUCCAAAUAUUCAUAAAUUACCAGAUACUGCAUCAAUAUUUAUUAUUCCUGGUAUUCAACUUAGCAGAGAUCCAGGAAGCAGGCCAUCAGCAUUCCCAAACUCAGGUAAUGGACGCAAUAGGAGACAGAGUAUGUUGCUGUGAGAUUAUCAUUUAAAAUAUAUUCUGGAAGUAAGAACAUCAAAUUGGACUUAAAUCAAGCUAGAUUACCAAAGAAUGAAUUGACAAAGGCAGCUUAGGUUUUUCUGUUAUUAGACAAGAAAACUAAUUUGUCAGUUAUAGUCAUCAUUAAUGUAACUAGUGCAGUGCUAAUUGUGUGAUUUGUAUAAUUGAAUCUUACAUUGCUGUUAUAAAUGUCUUUUAAAGAUUUCAACCAUACUUUCAUCAUAUUUUCAUUACAGUUUUAUUCAUUCAUUCAUUCAUUAUUUAUGUUUUUAUUUUAAUUAUGUUCAUUAGUAGCUUCAUAUUUUGUUAUUGUUUUAAUUUAAUAAGGGAAAAAAUUUUUCAUUAUGCUACAAGCAGAAUCAAAGUAAAUGAAACUUUCAUUGUUUAUUUUUUUUUUUCCACUACUGUUAUGAAUCAAUGGCUUUGGAACAUAUAAAUAUAAAUAUACAAUAAAUAUACACAGUAUAUAGUCAUUGAUGUACAUUAUAUUGAUAAAAUUAUAGGUAGAAGUGCAGGAUCUAAUAUGUAUGCUCAUCAUUUAAGAAUAUUUAUUUGCAUUCACUCCAUGCCAAAUUCAUACAGCAGCAAUAUGUUGUGCUUCCCUCAUGUUUUAUUUAUGAUGAACACAAUAUUGAAUGAUUCUGCUUCCAAUAAAUUGUGCCAUAUAAAUAGCACAAUUCUGCAAUAUUUUCUUGUGAAUUUUUCAAAAAUUAGAUGUUCUCAGAACAUAAUUUCUGCUUUGUAAUGUAAAUGUAAUAAUUGUGAGAACAUUUAGCCAUGGUCUAGUGGUUAAUAUUAAAAAAUUAUUUGUUAAUAUAAUAUGC